GCUUAUAUCUCGCCGAACGGCUCAAAAAAUCUUCUUCCAGCUGCCGUGCUGCCAUGCGCGUGUCAUGGACAUGGAAAGGCCCCGAGGACCCAUCCUUCCAUUAUUACCACGGUGCAGCCACCAACCAGCUGCCUGCUACUCUUAACCCCUCGAGCUAGCUGCUGCCAAGCAAAGCCUCUCGCGGUCGUGUGUUUACCGCGGCGGUAUGGACAGGGAGUGGCUUUACGGAAGCUGCCGGGAUGACAGGGUCGUCCAAGGUUUCCCGCGGCCGCCGCCGCAGCGGGAGUCCUUCUCUGACGAGGUGAGCAGCCGCGACGGCGACGAGGAGAUGAACGAUGGCAGUGGCCCGCCGGCGGAGGCUUCUGGGGGAGGUGACGGGUUGAGCGUCGAGACGGGGAAGCGGAGGCGGGGGCGGCCACUGGGGUCCAAGAACAAGCCGAAGCCACCGCCGGUGGUGACGCGGGACGUGGAGCCCGCGACGGCGUUGCGGCCGCACGUGCUCGAGAUCCCCGCCGGCGGGGACGUCGCGCGCGCGCUGGCCGGCUUCGCGCGCCGACGCGGCCUCGGGAUCUGCGUGCUCUCCGGGACGGGCGCCGUCGCCGACGUGUCGCUCCGCCACCCCUCCCCUACCACCACAGCAGAAGGCCGCGCCGCGGUCAUCUUCCGCGGUCAGUACGAUAUCCUCUCCAUAUCGGCCACGUUCCUUCCGCCUUCCAUGUCCGCGGCGGUGCCCCGCGCCGUCAGGGACCUCUCGAUAUCGCUCGCCGGCCCGCACGGCCAGAUCGUCGGAGGCGCCGUGGCAGGGCCGCUCAUCGCCGCGACCACCGUCAUGGUCCUGGCGGCCGCGUUCACCGACCUUACCUUCCAGCGCCUCCCCCUGGAGGACGACGCGUCAGUAUCUGUCUCCGGCAGCGGCGAAGGCGACGAACACCGUGGGCACAAGCCGGAGCCGCAGGAGGCGACCCGGCUGCAGCCACACAGUAUGGACAUGGCGUCGGCGUCUCAGCCGGUGCCCUCAAAUGCGCACCAGCGCCAAGAUGCGUGGGCGCCGGCGGCGACCACACAACGCCCACGGCCGUCGUAUCAGUAGCUCCGAACCUUCGACGAAAAUGCUUUUCCUGACAUCAAAUGUAUUCUUGCAUGGUUAAUGGCGAUCGCCGACCGGUCCUUCAUAACUAGAUGGGUAUCUUUUUUUGAGGGGAUCUUAACUAUCUAACUGUGCCUGCUACAACUAUUUUAGGGUUAAUAAACAUUUGCUACACUGAUGCUUUAGCUAGUUGUUAGGGUUCAACAUUUAUGCUUUUGCCAUAUGAAGUGACAUAUGACAUAUCUGAUGCCAAUGAUGAGAUCAUAACAAGCAAAUAUCUGUGCCAUUUUCUAAUUUCGGUUGCUUGGGCAUUAAUGCUAUUUUUUUUUUUACAAAUUUGCUAAAUGUCAUAAGUUUGCAUAAGAGAUCCAAACCCACGUUGCAAAAGGACAGAAUAAAAGGAUAGUUUCUGGUGUUUGAGCUAAUCAAUGAAUUUGUCAGCCAUGAAACUGGCACUGGAUAUAUUUUUUUAUCAAUUCGCUCG